AUGCUCUCUCUGAAUACUCUUGCCUCUUCACCGUCGGCGACAAGCCCAGGCCUGUCUGGACGGCCGCCUGACGGUCCAGCUCUCAUCUCCCUGGAGAAAGAUCAAAUAUCGAGUGAGUCGCCGGCUCAACCUAUGAACUUCAAAGCGGCACUUGCUGGGAUCGCGACAGAAACAUCGAGAUCGAAAUCUCAAUGGACUUUUGUAGGCACAAAUGAUCUGGAAGCGGGUUCAUUUCAAGGCGAACCAGAGUUGAGGAUAUCGGAAAAUCUCAAGGAAAGACUAUGCCAGCCUUGGAAGAAGACGCUUGUUGUGCGAUUACUGGGUCGAUCUGUGGCCUUUUCAUACUUAUGUUCGCAACUUCGCUGGAUGUGGCGACCGAUGGGUUCGCUGGAGAUUUUGGAUUUAAACAAUGAUACUUUCUUGGCGACCUUUGGGAAUGAUCAAGAUUACUUGAAAGCCCUAACUGGCGGCCCUUGGGUUGUCCUGGAUCAUUACCUUGUGGUUCAUCAAUGGUCGCCGGCUUUCCGCACUUCUGAUAAGCCCUAUAGGUCAGUGGUGGCAUGGGUUCAGUUCCCUGAACUGCCCGUUCACUUCUAUCACCGGGAAAUUCUCUUUGCGAUCGGUAAUCUAGUUGGCAGGACGGUUAAGCUGGAUUAUCACACAGAAAACUUGGAAAGGGGCAAGUUUGCUCGUAUUGCCAUUGAGCUUGACAUGAGCAAGCCUCUCCCCACGCGCAUCAGGCUCGAUGGAGCAUGGCAGCAAGUGUUAUACGAAAACCUUCCAACGAUAUGCUACUCCUGUGGGCGAAUAGGUCAUAAAGAAGACUCCUGUCCGUCGAAGGUUCCACCUCCUCCGCUGACGAUUAUGCUGGCGCCUGAUCAAGUGCAGAAUUCCCCGCCGGUGGCAGAGUCGCCGGAAGUCCCCGCCGGCUAUGGCCCUUGGAUGCAGGUGAUCAGAAAAUCAAAGAGCCAGAUAAGGAAACAGGUAUUGGAUCAGCCGAGAUAUCAGGGGAACAGAUCAGGAAAGAAUCAAGAGGAGGGCGUGAGUUCGGGAGGAACUAAAGGAAAUGGGAAGAUUGAUGUUGGGAAGAUUAAUCAGGGCACAAAAGGAAAGGUAGAACAGAGCAAAGGAUCGGGUCAGGGAUUACAAGGAAAAGAUAAAGGAAAGGAGGUGCUGGGGGGGAAAGCUAACAACGGUAACAGUAAAGCUGGGCUGGCCCAAGAGUGGAGGCAGGUUGAGCCCAAAUCCAAGGAGGUGGCUUCAGCUGAAGGGAAAGGGGAGGCCAAGGCGUCUUCUUCCAAGCCCACAGUGCUAAGUGUGGCUCAGCCCAAUCCACAGGCCUCUCAAAAAGUAGUGGAAAUGAACAACACUAAGAUCCAAAUCCUGGCUGUCCCUGAUCUGCACCUCCAACAGAAAGAAAAUCGGAACCCCAACUCCGAAGUUCUCUCCUCGCGGAAACAGGAGCACAAACAAAAGAAAACUCAAGCCCUGCAACCGAAGGGGAUAAACCUCAAAUCGACCAAGAAAUCGCUUCAAAUUCUCAGUCCUGGGAAGAAGGAGACUCAUUUGAAACACAAGCAGACUGCGCUUCCAAUUUCCCUAGAAGCAAUCGAAGAGUUCUGCAAUACUGCUCAGAAACAAACGGAGCUCACGGACGGUAACAGCGGGUCGACCUCAGGGGAUGUGGCUAUGGGGGAAACUCCUUUGGAGAAAGCACUGGUGGCCACGGCUCAAGAAGGGGAUAAGACGACCCCAAUUCCCACAAGCUCAUGA